UUAAAAAUGCAGACACUCUAGCAAAUUCUGGGAAUUAAUAUGGUCUACAGUGCAUACGAUUGACGAUUAACUGUAUAAGACGAAUCGCGGUGAAGAAUAAUAAUAGAAAUAUCGCGUUUUAUGAUCGUAAAAUAGAAAAUGACACCACUCAAAGUAUGGAUGUUAUGUCUGCUCACUAUGUAUACCUUGUCUAUUGUUCAUACCAGAUACAUACAGCCAAAGGAUGAUAAUACCGAGUUACAAAACCAUGGGAGUUUUCAAAUCGAUAAGAAAACUGUUCAACCUACUGUAUUAAUGUCUUUUGCCCUAGAAGAAUUUCCACGCCAAUCGAACAAAUUGUGGCCAAAGUUAUUAGAUAAAAAAGUUUUUGAAUCAAAAAGAAAUAGCUACUCACUAAAAUACAAGUAUCAUCGGAGGUCAAAACCAAAACGACCGAAGACCAAAAAACCCUCCGGAGUUAAAAAUCAUUCCAAAGAAGACAAAAAUCAUUCUAAGGGAAAAAAUCACCCAAAUAAUAAAAAUCACUCCAAAGACAAGAAUCAAUCCAAGGAAAAAAAUCACUCAAAGCACGAAAAUCACUCAAAGGACGCAAAUCACUCGAAGAACGAAAAUCACCCAAAGGACGAAAAUCACUCAAAGGACAAAAAUCACUCAAAGGAUAAAAAUCACUCAAAGGAUGAAAAUCAUUCGAAGGACGAAAAUCACCCAAAGGAUGAAAAUCACUCGAAGGAUGAAAAUCACUCAAAGGACAAAAUUCACUCAAAGGAUGAAAAUCAUCCGUCGAAAAAGGAGGAUUCACCAAAUGACACAAAGAAUUCGAAAAACUCAGAGCACUCAAAAGACACAAAAUCACAAGAACACAAAAAUACACAAAAAGAAGAUAAUUCAUCAAAUGAAAAUAAAAAUAAUAAAAAAGAAACAACACCAAAUACAAACUCAGAUGACACACAAACCGAAAAUAGUAAUGAUCCUCAUACAAUUCUUAAUAAAUGGUUUUCAAAUAAUCCAUUUGAACCUGAAGCUCCCCCUGCUGAACCUCCAAAUGAAGACAAACCUUAUUCCGAUGAAAAUCCAUCAGCUAAUGAGAAUCCUACUUCCAAUAAAAAAUCUUCUGACGAAAAUUUAUCGGCUAAUGAGAAUCCUACUUCCAAUGAAAAAUUGUCCAACGAAAAUUCAUCGGCUAAUGAGAAUCCAACUUUCAAUGAAAAGUCUUCUGACGAAAAUUCAUCGGCUAAUGAAAAUUCUACUUCCAAUAAAAAAUCUUCCAAAGAAAAUGCAUCAGCUAAUAAGAAUCUUACUUCCAAUGAAAAAUCUUCCAAAGAAAAUUCUAAACAACUUGAUAGUCGUCUGUCAAUAGGGAAGAAGGGAUGGCGGAGAAAAAAUAAAAUAACUUAUUUAUAAACAUUUAUUAAUAAAUGACAGGAGAAUAUAGAAAAAUAUUAUAAAAUA